AUGACUUUGGCCUUUAAGACCCUCUUCCCGAGAAACCUCUGUGCCCUUGGCAGAAAAGAACUGUGCCUGUUUUCAGAACAGCAUCACUGGCCUGCCAUAAGACAGUUCAGCCAGUGGUCGGAAACAAAUCUCCUUUGUGGGUGCUGCCUCCUCCAGAGAAGAAAGCCUGUCCUAUCUUUCCAGAGAGGUCAUCUAAGACCACGUGCCACCCACCUUAUUUCGUGGUCAGGGUCGCAUGUGGGACUCUGUACUGGCCCCUGUGAGAUGGCCGAACAGCGGUUCUGUGUGGACUAUGCCAAGCGGGGCACAGCUGGCUGCAAGAAAUGCAAGGAGAAGAUUGUAAAGGGCGUAUGCCGCAUUGGCAAAGUGGUACCCAAUCCCUUCUCAGAGUCUGGGGGUGAUAUGAAAGAGUGGUACCACAUUAAGUGCAUGUUUGAGAAACUGGAGCGGGCGCGGGCCACCACAAAAAAAAUUGAAGACCUCACAGAGCUGGAAGGCUGGGAAGAGCUGGAAGAUAAUGAAAAGGAACAGAUAAGCCAGCACAUUGCAGACCUGUCUUCCAAGACAGCUGCCACACCGAAGAAGAAAGCUACUGUCCAGGCUAAGCUGACAACCACUGGCCAAGUGACAUCACCAGUGAAAGGCGCUUCGUUUAUUACCAGUACCAAUCCCCGGAAAUUUUCUGGCUUUUCAGCCAAACCGAACAACUCUGAGCAAGACCCCUCAAGCCCUGCUCCUAAGACCAGUCUGUCCGCAAGUAAAUGUGACCCUAAGCACAAAGAUUGUCUACUACGAGAAUUCCGGAAGCUGUGUGCCAUGGUAGCUGAAAAUCCUAGCUAUAACACCAAGACCCAGAUCAUCCACGACUUCUUGCAGAAAGGCUCCACAGGAGAUGGCUUCCGAGGCGAUGUGUACCUGACAGUGAAGCUGCUGCUGCCUGGUGUCAUCAAGAGUGUGUACAACUUGAAUGAUAAGCAGAUAGUGAAACUGUUCAGCCGAAUUUUUAACUGCAACCCAGAUGAUAUGGCCCGGGACCUAGAACAGGGUGACGUGUCCGAGACGAUCAGAGUCUUCUUUGAGCAGAGCAAGUCUUUUCCCCCAGCUGCCAAAAGCCUCCUCACCAUCCAGGAGGUGGAUGCAUUUCUUCUGCACCUCUCCAAGCUCACCAAAGAGGAUGAGCAGCAGCAGGCCCUGCAGGACAUUGCUUCCAGGUGUACAGCCAAUGACCUUAAGUGCAUUAUCCGGCUGAUCAAACACGAUCUGAAGAUGAACUCGGGUGCAAAACACGUGUUAGAUGCCCUUGACCCCAAUGCUUAUGAAGCCUUCAAAGCAUCACGCAACCUGCAGGAUGUGGUGGAGCGGGUCCUUCACAAUGAGCAGGAGGUGGAGAAGGACCCAGGCCGGCGUCGGGCUCUGAGUGUCCAGGCCUCAUUGAUGACACCUGUGCAACCCAUGCUGGCUGAGGCCUGCAAGUCCAUUGAGUAUGCAAUGAAGAAGUGUCCCAAUGGCAUGUUCUCUGAGAUCAAGUACGAUGGUGAGCGAGUCCAGGUGCAUAAGAAGGGAGACCAUUUCAGCUACUUCAGCCGCAGUCUCAAGCCUGUCUUGCCUCACAAGGUGGCCCACUUUAAGGACUAUAUUCCCAAAGCGUUUCCUGGGGGUCAAAGCAUGAUCUUGGACUCUGAAGUGCUCCUGAUUGAUAACAACACAGGCAAACCACUGCCCUUUGGGACCCUGGGAGUACACAAGAAAGCUGCUUUCCAGGAUGCUAAUGUCUGCCUGUUUGUUUUUGAUUGUAUCUACUUUAAUGAUGUCAGCUUGAUGGACAGGCCUCUCUGUGAGCGACGGAAGUUUCUUCAUGAUAACAUGGUUGAAAUCCGUAACCGGAUCAUGUUCUCAGAAAUGAAGCAAGUCACAAAAGCUUCAGACCUGGCUGACAUGAUAAACCGGGUGAUCCGAGAGGGCCUGGAAGGUUUGGUGCUAAAGGAUGUGAAGGGUACAUAUGAGCCUGGAAAACGACACUGGCUGAAAGUUAAGAAAGACUAUUUGAACGAGGGGGCCAUGGCUGAUACAGCUGAUCUGGUGGUUCUUGGGGCCUUCUAUGGGCAAGGGAGCAAAGGUGGAAUGAUGUCCAUCUUCCUCAUGGGCUGCUAUGACCCCGACAGCCAGAAGUGGUGCACUGUUACAAAAUGUGCUGGAGGCCAUGACGAUGCCACACUUGCCCGCCUGCAGAAAGAGCUAGAUAUGGUGAAGAUUAGCAAGGAUCCUAGCAAGAUACCCAGCUGGCUGAAGAUCAACAAGAUCUACUAUCCUGACUUUAUCGUCCCAGACCCAAAGAAAGCUGCUGUGUGGGAGAUCACAGGAGCAGAAUUCUCUCGAUCUGAGGCGCAUACUGCUGAUGGGAUCUCCAUCCGAUUUCCUCGAUGCACCCGAAUCCGGGAUGACAAGGACUGGAAAUCUGCCACUAACCUCCCCCAACUCAAGGAACUGUACCAGCUGUCCAAAGACAAGGCAGACUUCGCUGUGGUGGCUGGAGAUGAGGGGAGCUCCACUACUGGAGGCAGCAAUGGUGAGAAUGAGGGCACUGCUGGGUCUACUGUGCCCCGCAAGGGCCCCAAGGGACCCCCCAGUAAGUCCUCUGCCAGUGCCAAGAAGACUGAACAGAAGCUGAAUGAUCCCAGUAGCAGAGGUGGAGAGAAGCUGGCUGUGAAGUCUUCUCCUGUCAAAGUGGGGAUGAAGAGGAAAGCUGCUGAUGAGACCCCAGGCCUGACAAAGAGGCGGCGGGCCAGCCGGCAAAGAGGAAGGAGAGCUAUGCGAACAGGCAGGAGAUAGAGCUGGCCUAGCAGGAGGCUGAAAGCCCACCCAGCCGCAGUGUUGUUAACAGUUCACAUUAAAGAAGGAAGCCCACUGUGGCGGUGGGGUGCAGCACGUUUGUGUCUGUCUCUCCGAGCAGGUCUACCCAGCAAAGAGAAGGGAGACUGCCAUGACAUAGACAACAGCUGAGGAGCCUGUUUUCCCUUUCGACAGUCCCUGGUCUGGCAACAUCGAUUGAGAACCUGAGAUCAGGAACUACUAGCUAGUCUAUGGUACCCUGGGUAGCUUCUGGCCAUGAUUAACAGAUUGUACCCAUUCCCAAGCGUACAUACAGAGGUUGACAUCUCAGGGCCUACACCUAGUUCUCAGUGAAACCACUCCCAUAUCUCUGCCCUCCCUGAAGCCCUUGAACUUAUCUACCCUGAUGAGCAAGACUCCUAGGCCCUCUGACUAGGUAGCUGUGCAGAACAAACUGAUCUUCCAGGGUAUUUUGUAUUGGGUGGUUCUUGGAGAAACGUCCUUUCCCCAAACAGUUUAACUGGAUCUCAGAAGUUAGAGCCCAUCACUUUCCUCAUUUUUCUUAAAGUCAGGAAGAACUGUCAGACCAUGGUUAUUUUGAAUGACUGGAGGAGGGGUUAGCAACACCUCUGUCUUUUCUCCAGUAAACUAUCUGUGUCCUAAGACUGGACUCCAGGCAUCCAUCCCCAGCUGUCCUUUAAUCAGGUGGGUCAAGUCCCACGUGCACCCAGACUAGGGCUCACUCUGGAUGAACUCUGUUUGCAGGCGCUGUUGGAUGUCUUCACUGGGGUGAGGCUCUACUUGCCACCUUCUACACCAGACUUCAGACGGCUCAAACGUUACUUUGUGGCAUUCAACGGGGACCUGGUACAGGAAUUUGACAUGGCCUCAGCCACACAUGUGCUGGGUAACAGGGACAAGAACACUGAUGCCCAGUUGGUCUCUUCAGAGUGGAUUUGGGCAUGCAUCCGGAAACGGAGGCUGGUAGCUCCCUGCUAGGACUUUGCUUUUCCUGCUAACUCUACCGAUACACGAGGCUCAGCCUGACGGGUAGAGGCCUGUUCGCCAAGCAGCGCACCUUCUCACAUCCUCCGCCUCUUUAUGGUCUCUUCUGGAUCGGGAGUUAGCUGCUGUGGACACAAGCAGUUUAAUUGGAUCUUCCCAGGUGCUAGUUUUGUCUGAGGUGCUGAUGACCAACUUAAACCCUCAAUCACACUAGGCACAGCACUCUGCCACUGAACUACAGCUUUAUAAAUAAGAAAUGGGGAUCAGAAGUUCAAGGCUAGCCUGGGGUAAGAAUUUGAACAAGAAUAAGCAUACUUUCCCCCACUGGUCCCAUCUAGUGUUCCUCAGUGACGAAGGAGUGCUGAGCGGAAUCUACUUCCUGUGCUCCUCGCUUCCACGUGCAUCUUAAAGGUGUAUUUAAACUGUUCUCAAACACUUCUUAUACCUGGCAAAACCUUUAUUAUGUCUGGUCCAAACCCCCAUGUGAAAGAACAAAGUGGUCUCCAAAUUUCCAGGUCAUUGCCUGGAGGGAGAGCUGACAUCUACAGAAAAGUGUCCUCCUUGGAGACAGAGGCUCCUUGAAGGUGAAUUUGCCUCAUCAAAAUCUGACUGCUCUCAGCAGCACAGGUCCAUAGCUGGGAAAAUCUACAUACCCUGCCUACCAAGGUUGGCUUCUAUGCCAUGUGUGGCAGAUGUCCUUGAAGGGGAAAGAAAAUGAUUUCUGUGUAUAACUGCACACAAGGGGUAUUUUGCCACAGUGGAAGUGUCCUAAACUAGCCUUAUCUGAUUGUCAAGCCUUGAAAUGGGAUUAGUGUGACUGGCGAAAGCCAUAAACAUUUCAAGACAUCUUCAAAUGGUCUCAAGUUACCGGUGACAUCACAUCAUCUGAGUAUCAGUUCCUCAAGAGGAAUGGGCAGUCACUGUUGCCAAAUCACUGGGCAGCGGCCAGUAACCUCAGACACCUUGUUGAAGGCAUGCAACACGGAGCCUGGUAAAGAUAUUAUCCAGGAGGAGGCCUAGCUUACACCUCACUUGUUAAAAGUUCACAUUUGGGUCUAAGCAUGGAACUGUAGUAGACCGCCUUCUUUGUCUAUGUUGUGCCACCUCUUGAAGAGCAGCUCUGUUCUUAUUAACUCAGCAGGCUUUUCUAUCCACCUGUGAGCUAGGUUAAUAUGAUGGGACCUCUUAAACACUUAUGUGAGCCUCUAAGAUACAGACCUACCACCCCACGUAACUCCUAAAGUAACAUCCCACUAGGAGGCUGCUUACUAGUCUGGCUGUCUUUCUCCUAUUUUAUAGAUGCUCUGACUAGGGUAGAGUAAGCGACAUUCAGUCUGGUAAGUUAAACUUUUUUUAUUCUAGCCUCAAGGCGGAAGCUGCUUUGUGCUUUGAACACUUGGCUUCCUUGCCCAAGCAGCUUGGUAGAGCAUCAAAGAUGACUUCCCCAUCACACAGGGCUGGAAGUUUGUCCCUUUGUCCCUUUAAUGCCUUACUAUAUAGUCACUUCAGCUUGCUGUCUGUACAUUUCCCUUUGCAGAGGUUAGGCUGUAUGUAGACCUUUGUAUCUUUCCUGUCUUUCCACACAAGCCUAAGCAUGACCUGAAACCCCCAUCCCCCAAGGCUGGAAACAUGCUCUCUGUGGCUUUUGUUUACACAAUGCCAGUUGAUGGCAGGCAGUGCUCAUUAUGGGAUGCUCAACAGAUCCGGCCAUCAAUAAGAGACAGGGUAGAAUCCUUUCAUCCAGCUCUCCCAUAGGUGAUACACUCCACUCCACUCCCCUUAGGCACCUGGUCAGGUAGGUGGGUACAGGCCUGUGUCUACUCUGCAGUCUGCUCUUUAGGCUGGGCCAACCUUGGAGCCACACUUGUCUGUAUCCAAACGCUACUGUCAGUGUUUUGGGGUAACUUGAAAACUUAACUGCCUACCUAGCUGUCUUGAGAUUCCUUUCACUUAGCUCUUGAAGGCCCCUCUACAGUGGGACUGUAAUAACUUCACACGGUGCUUGCCGUUUGCUCUUGAAUCACCCUUACACUUAGCUCCACGAGUAACUGUUCCACAAUCCCAUGUACUCUUGUGGAUCUUGGCCAGGUCACAACACAGAGCAUGUGGCCUGAUGUCUGCCCACGUUUACAAGUGUUUUGGGAACCUCUGGUAUCAUCCCCCCACACCAGAUGGAACAGGCAUCUGUAUUUAAACUUUAUUACAAAAUUAUAAAGCAGAGCUCUGUAACAAAAAAUACACAUUUGGGUAUGCUUACCACCCAGGUGAGAGAAUCAAUGUAAGCCACUUGGAGCUAUACAUUUAUAUCCAAGAGAUCUCAAAUGUGUACAACAUAGACUAUUAAUUCCUUUACAGCUUGUUAGUUUAGAACCGGCUAUUCCAACCAGUCAGCAUCUUUGAAAACUAAGUCUCAACUAAAAUCUUGGCGCAAUCGGCAAAGUCCACAGAAUAAUUGGAAGGAUUAGGUGUUUCCACAUUAAUUAAGACCAAGGAUCCGUGAAGAACAGAAAAAGGGGCUCAGGUAUUUAAAAAAAAAAAUCAGUUUUUCUACCUGAGAUAUUAACUGGAAUGAGUUCCAACUUCCAUUUGGUUUAACAAUAAAAAGGUUAUUUGACA